GAGCCAGUUCUCGCGGUGCUGGCCAGGCUCAGCCUCCUUCCCCUCCCCGGCGAGCGGUGACUGUGCACGGCGGAGCGGGGAGCGCCGAGCCGGGCGCGGGGGGAGCCCGCGCCGCCCCGCCGAGCCAGGAGGAAAGGCCGCCGAGCAGCGCGCCCGCCCGGCCCGUCCCCGCCGCCCUGCCCCAUGCCCCAGCGGCGCUGAACCUCCCGCAGUGCGAACAUGGCCACCACGGCAACGUGCACCCGCUUCACCGACGAGUACCAGCUCUACGAGGAGCUUGGCAAGGGAGCCUUCUCUGUGGUCCGCAGAUGUGUAAAGAAAAAUUCUUCACAGGAAUAUGCUGCAAAAAUCAUCAAUACCAAAAAGCUGUCAGCGAGAGAAGGAUGAAAACCAGGGUAGUGAGAGGCUCAGAUUCCAAAGAUCUGAAUUUGUUCACAGACUUGUCACUGACAUGUUCUCAGGUUUCAGUUCCUCUGCUUUUCUUCUUCAGCUCCUUAAAGAUCACCAGAAACUGGAACGUGAAGCUCGAAUUUGCCGACUUCUAAAGCAUCCAAAUAUCGUGCGACUCCAUGACAGCAUUUCAGAAGAAGGUUUCCAUUACCUCGUCUUUGAUCUGGUUACUGGUGGGGAGCUCUUUGAGGAUAUUGUUGCUAGAGAAUACUACAGUGAAGCAGAUGCCAGCCACUGUAUUCAUCAGAUACUGGAGAGUGUGAAUCACAUUCACCAGCAUGAUAUCGUGCACAGGGACUUGAAGCCUGAGAAUUUACUACUGGCAAGUAAAUGUAAGGGUGCUGCUGUCAAACUGGCUGACUUCGGACUGGCUAUAGAAGUCCAGGGAGAGCAGCAGGCCUGGUUUGGGUUUGCUGGUACUCCAGGCUACCUCUCCCCUGAAGUCUUAAGAAAAGAUCCUUAUGGAAAACCAGUGGAUAUAUGGGCAUGUGGAGUGAUUCUGUACAUAUUACUAGUGGGGUACCCUCCCUUUUGGGAUGAAGAUCAGCACAAACUCUAUCAGCAGAUCAAAGCCGGAGCCUAUGACUUCCCAUCACCUGAGUGGGACACUGUGACUCCUGAAGCCAAGAAUUUGAUCAACCAGAUGCUGACGAUAAACCCAGCAAAGCGCAUCACAGCUGACCAGGCUCUCAAACAUCCAUGGGUCUGCCAACGAUCCACUGUCGCAUCGAUGAUGCACAGGCAGGAGACUGUGGAAUGCUUGAGAAAGUUCAAUGCUAGGAGAAAGCUAAAGGGUGCAAUCCUUACAACAAUGCUUGUGUCUCGGAAUUUUUCAGCUGCCAAAAGCCUGCUGAACAAGAAGUCAGAUGGAGUGAAGAAAAGGAAGUCGAGCUCCAGUGUGCAUUUGAUGCCACAGAGCAACAACAAAACCAGUAUAGUAAGCACUGCAAAAGAAACACCCCCAGUGCAGACGUCCAUGGAGCCUCAAACAACUGUUGUCCAUAAUGCUACAGAUGGCAUAAAGGGUUCCACAGAGAGCUGUAACACCACAACUGAAGAUGAGGAUCUGAAAGCUCCCCCUCUCUCCACCGGGGACGGCAGCUCAGUGCUUGAAGGACGGAGGCACAGUGAGAGCAAAACACAGACUGAGUCCAUGCAGUCCCAGCUUUCUCUCUGUUUCUCAGCCACUACACAGUCUUGUGAAGAGAAGCUUCAUGCCUGGGACAGCCCAGGGCAGACAUUGGAGUUAGAGCGUGCUCGGUCGGAGCCUUUGUUAACUCCAGUAGUUCCCUUUGUACUUAACCGAGCACCGUUGCGUAAGCAAGAGAUCAUUAAGAUAACAGAGCAGCUGAUAGAGGCCAUCAACAAUGGAGAUUUUGAGGCUUAUACAAAAAUCUGUGAUCCGGGCUUGACCUCAUUUGAACCUGAAGCACUGGGGAACCUGGUUGAAGGAAUGGAUUUCCAUAAGUUUUACUUUGAAAACUUACUGUCGAAGAACAGCAAGCCAAUACACACGACCAUCCUGAACCCCCACGUCCACGUGAUCGGCGAGGACGCUGCCUGCAUCGCGUACAUCCGCCUGACGCAGUACAUCGAUGGCCAGGGCCGGCCCCGCACCACGCAGUCUGAAGAGACCCGUGUCUGGCACCGCCGAGACGGCAAGUGGCUCAAUGUCCACUACCACUGCUCUGGAGCUCCUGCAGCACCUCUCCAGUGAGGAUCAGAUAUGGCAACUUGUGGAGAUACUCAGCUGGAGGGCAAUAUCUUCUUAGCAAGCAGCUCUGGAGUGCCUGAGUGACAGCAACGGUCAUGUCUGUUUUGACGUUAAAAAAAUAAAUACAAAUUACAAACAGGCAGCAGCCAAAUGCACGAAACCCUGCAUGCAUCUGAUGCUCCGGGCGCUGCCUUUCUGUUGUUUUCCAUGGAUCCAUCGUGUCUGUUUCUGCUGUACGAAGGUGUUUUUAAAUCUAAAAAAAAAAAAAAGACAUGUUGUUUGUAUAAAAUAAUAAAAACCAGGAAUAAUGCUAAAUAAAUGACAGAUUAUCCAACAUGCCCCUUCCCCCAGGGCUAAGAAAAUGGCAGCAACCGGAACAUCUUUCAGAAAUGAAGUGAGGGGGAAAGCAAAAGUGAAGGAGAGAGGAAGAGAGAGGGAGAGCAAAAAAGGAGGCAGCUUGAGCAGCGGAUGGCUGAACUGUGCUCCGCAAACCACGGUGGGAGUUAACACCGCGUUCGGGCUGUGCUGCAACUUCAGCCGGUGAGAGGUGGCGAGGAGACCCCAGAGGAGCCAGUGUGAAGACUGGGGUUCAAGAGAGAGGAGGCACUUCUCUUCCUGUUGCCUGGCAGUCUGACUUCAGCCUGUUUCUUAGAUUUCUGCACAGCAAGAACACUAUGGAAAGCUGGUUGCUCGGCUGCUGGAUCCCAAAACAGACUUUUUUUUUCCUUUUUUUUUUUUCUUUUCUUUUCUUUUUUUUUUUUUAAGAAAUAAAACAAAAUGGGAUGUUGAUUUAAAACUAAAGAUGGAAGUAGGGAUUAAAAAAUGGGUUUAAGUGAAUAUAACUUGAAUAGAAGUUCGCUCCUUAGUGAUCCUGGUUUUAAAAACAGCCAAACAUGGAGUUUUGAAGCCAGCUUAUUUAAUUUAACAAAACAAAACAAAAAAGCAUUGCAUUAAGAGCAGAGAUUUUAGAGGAAGAGGGUACACGUAUGGGAUUUUCUAUUAUUUUUUUCCUUUCUAGUAGCGUAGUUGGGAUCCACAGUGCUGCAGAACACGUGUUCCUUAGGAAGCAGACAAAAAACUUAGUGUUAUGUUCUUCAUGAAAACUUGCACAUACACUCCUAUAUGAGGCAUAAAUAGCGUGUGUUUUUUAUACUGAAAUAUAUGCACCCAUAGAAUUGAAGGGGUUACCUGGCCUCCUGUUUGAUUUGUUUGGUCUCCGAGUAAAAUAGCAGUGGGAGCCAGUGGCCCCAGCCAGGUGCUUCUCCCCACCACUAACCCAUCUGAUGUUUGUAAGUGUCAUGUUUCCUAGUGUUUAUUUGGGUAAUUUUUCUAUUUUUUACAGUGAUGUUGUAACACAGAAAACUAUCAGAUCAGAACCUCAAAAGCUGUAGCUGAAGGACUCUUGGCCACCUCCCUGUGUUACCUCUGGGUGUUAGAGAAUACCUCAUGAAACAGAGGGGAAAGGGAAUGAGCACAUGUGAUCUGAUGUUUGUCCUUUGGGCCAAUUCAUCUUCCUUUCUUUUCUUUGCUGCAAAAGGAUUUCAAUUCCUUUAUUCAUCGGGUGGGGAAUGUGUAAGUGUUUUGUUGACCUUACCAAGGAGGGAGCCUAGCCCCAGGAGGAAAAUGGCCUUUCUGGCAGACCUGAUGGGAUUUGUCUUGACCAAGGGAAGGCAUCACUUGCAGAAGUUGGGAUGAGCUUUUACCUGCACUUGUCUACCCCUAAUCAGGUUUUUGGAUCUUCAGAGAGAGUUAAAAUGAUUGCCUUGACAGCAUCGGCAACCUUUUUGCAGACUACAGAAAAGAAGACAAUUUGGAAUUUUAAUCCUUAUUCGACAAAAUGCAGAAAAUAAAAGCUGUUGCACAAAGCGGAGCUGUCAAUUUGCAACAGAUAGCACUCUGCUCUCUUUGUUAGAGAGGUGCUAUCCCAUACCAGGAUUAGAUGAGCCAACCCCUGAUGAAGGAAAAGACCAUCCAGACCUUUCCAGGUUUGUUUAAGCAAACACCCUUUUAUUCCUCCCUCCACUAUCCCAGGGAGGAGUGCGGGGAUUGAACUCAUGGGGGGCAAACACUAGAUUUUAUUAUUUCAAAACAUUCUUAAAACAGCACUAAGCCAGUGAGUGAAGUGGAAAAGUGAAAAGCCUUGAUAUUUUAAUCAGACUUUUUUAAGCCACAGAGAGCAAACAGAUAACAAUUAUGCCAUUUAAAAAAGAUAAAUACAAAACAUUAUGCAUGCCUUCUUUUGGUCUGAUCUUCCUUGUCUCUACCUGACGAUUAUUAAUAAUUAAAAAAAAGAACCCUCUGUAUUAAGUAUAUGCAUCUUUCAGAGAAAAUUUUAAAAGAACAGAAAUGUUGGUUUUUUGUUUUUGCACAGUCUUGGAGACAAAUUCUUUUGGAUUUUUUUCGUUUGUUUUGUUUCCUUUUAAGUUAAUGAGAACCUUAGCUUGGUAUGGCCAUUAUCAAACACAGCUGUACACCUUUAGCAUUCUUAAUGUUCUCUUAUGGGGCUAAUGUAAGCAUCUAUAUAAUAUAUAUUAUAAAUAUCACAUUUUAAACAGGAAAUGGAAGGCAUUUGAUGCAGAAUUUUUGCAUGAUAUAGAAAUAAUUAAAGUUAGCUAGUGUUUGUUUGUUUGGUCUGAAUGUUGGUAGAACCUUCAUAGCUUUGUUACAAUGAAACCUUGAACUGAAGAUAUUUAAUAAAAUAACAUUUAAACAGUGUAAA